AUGGCGCCGAAGAGCAGAGUCAUCUUCGACACCGACCCAGGUGUCGAUGACAUGCUGGCUAUGCUUCUGGCUCUGGCAUCAUCACCCGAGGAGAUCGAACUGGUUAUGAUCUCCGUUACAUAUGGCAAUGUUCCCCUCAAGAGCUGUCUGACGAACGUGGUAUCCAUGUUCCAUGUGCUAGAUAAAGAGCUGGAAUGGCGCAGGUCGAAAGGCAAGCCUGAAGGCUUCGGGUCUCUGAAGGCAUAUAAGCCCAUCGUAGCCAUCGGCCCAGAGCAUGCCCUAGAAGAAGAGAUCUUGAUGGAGGACGGGUUUCAUGGCUCUGACGGUCUACACGGAGUUCACGCAGCGCAUCCCCACUUGAGUCCUGACGAGACAUGGAAGUCGCUCUUUGAUGAUGGUGUUCCAACGCCUGAUCAAGAUCCCGCAUAUUACUCCUAUUUCACACCAUCCAAAACUCCCGCUCAUAAGGAGAUCCUGCGAAUCCUUAAAGAGGAGCCUGCGAAUACAAUCACUAUCUGCGCAGUCGGCCCCAUGACGAACCUUGCUCUGGCUGCAGCUGAGGACCCGGAAACAUUCCUACGUGCCAAGGAAAUCUGCGUUAUGGGUGGUGCGGUUGAGGUGCCUGGUAACAUCACGCCAGUCGCUGAAUUCAACACAUAUGCCGAUGCGAUCGCCACAGCACGCGUGUUCGCGUUGACCUCCGCUGUGCCGUCGUCCACCAUGCCCGUCGUACCGCAGAAGAUCGCCAACCUUGGACCGUAUCCAGAGAAGCUAUCACGCAGACUGAACUUGAGUCUGUUCCCACUGGACAUCACCACACCGCAUCUCUUGAAUAAGGGGUUCUUCUUCGAUACGAUCACACCUCACGUCAAGGAGGGUAGUCCUCUUGCUUCAUGGAUCAACCACAUCAUGAGUGGUGUGUUCCGGCAAAUCGAGAGCUGGGUCGCCGCUGAUGAGGAGCCCGGACUGUCACUGCAUGACCCCCUGACCGUUUGGUACAACAUCACGCGCGACAAUCCUGCAUGGAAGCUGGCGAAGAACGCGCCGGAGGACAUCCGCGUAGAAACCUCGGGCCAGUGGACCCACGGCAUGCAUAUUGCGGACCAGCGUGGCCGUAAGAGGGCCCCGGGAGCGGGAUCUGCCGUCGGGCUGUCUACUGAUGCCGAGGGCUCUGCCGAUGUGACCGUGGACGAAAUCCCAGGGGACGAAUUGGGCUGGCUGAGCGCGAAGAGGGGAAACAGGAUCAACCGACUGGCGGAGAGCCCUGGUUUUGACAAGUUUGCGCCGGAUUUGAUGCAACGCCUGUUUGGUUAG